GCUGCAACAACUACAGAACCAUGAAGUAAAAUUAGUACUAGUGAAUACCAGUCACUACAAUAUCGAUUGUAAUUACGCUUACAUUGUAUUUAAUCAUAGUUAUAUUAAAGAUAAUCGAGGACAAGUUGAUAACAACAAGAAUAUAACAAAUUAAAGAUGUCGGAAGACCCAGACGCUUUGCAAGUACCAGAACUACCAAAAUACCAGCAAAUAAACAAAAAUACAAAAAUCGAAGAAGCAAUCAUACUUAAUCCACCAGAUUACCUGCAAAUAAAAAACAGCGAAAAUAUGGCCGUUGAAUGGGAAACGUGGUUACAGCAGUACGAAUGGUUUGAAACAGCAUCUAACCUUAAAAAGAAGAAUAAAAAAAUGCAAGUGGCUACUUUCAUGUCAAUAAUUGGAUCAGAGGCUAUCAGCAUCUACAAUACCUUUAGAUUAUCUAAGAUAGAUCAAAAAAACCUACAAGUGAUAAAGGAAAAGUUCAGUGAAUAUUUUAUUCCCAAGACAAAUGUUACAUGUGAAAGGUUCAUGUUCUUCAAAAGAGAAUAUAAAACUGAAGAAACAAUUGAUGACUAUGUAAGAGCAUUAAGACUUAGAAGUAAAAAUUGUGAAUUUGGUGAAUUAGAAGAUAGCUUUAUAAGAGACAAGCUGGUCACUGGAAUAAAGAAUGACGCGGUAAGAUUAAAACUGUUAUCUGAAGAAGAGCUUACAUUGGAAAGAGCAAUAGAUAUAUGCAAAACCAAUGAACAGACAGAAAAUCUAUUAGAAUCGUUAAAAUUUCAUGAUAUGCAGCAAGUAGAUUCAGUAAAACAUAAAGUUAAAGAACAGACUGAGAAACAGAAGUCUGAAGAUGAUAAAUGUGUUUGUAAGAGAUGUGGAACAAGACAUGGCAGGAAGUUAUGCCCAGCAUUUGACAAAGAAUGUAUUAAGUGCAAAAGGAAGGGACACUUUGCUAGAUGUUGCAGAACUAAGCAAGUGCAAACAGUGAGUACUCUAAAUGAAGACAUGGCCAAUUAAGAGGUACCAGUGAACUCAAUCGAAAGCAAAGAAGAUGAUUCGUUUGAAAUAUUAACAUUACCUGAAGAAGCAAAUAAAAAGAAACAUUUAAAAACACAAUAGCUAGAAUAAAAUUAUUAAUUAGAAGUUACAACUAAUCUUGUGAAAGAUUAGAAUUGAUCAAAACAAUUGAUUGUCUGAAAUUUAUAACUAGAAGAAUACCGUUUGCUACAUACUUAAAACAUUAUAGUGAAAUAAACACUGUUGCCGAAAGUAGUUUCAAAGAGUUUUGGUAAGAACAGAAAGAAAAGUUGGAUAUAUGUAAAAAAAUAUUCAGAAAACCUUGAGAAUACAUGGGAGAAAAUUAAGACGAAAUGGUUGUAACAUUGCAUUUCAACUGAUCUUAUUUUUUAAAUAUUGUGAUGUAA